AUGUAAAAUCACAAAUGCAGAUUCUGUAAGUAAAGACGUUAAUGCUUGUAUGCUUCUAUUGAUUAGAUUUCAAAAAAAGGAGAUCUUAUUUAAACAAUGAAUCUUAGUCUUUACUAUAAACAUGGACAGAGCCAAAAUUAUUUUUUUUCUCGACCUAUUAACUAAAUUAUAAAAAAGGAAAAGCAUACUAUCUAUAUGAAAGUGGAAGAUUAUAAAAUUUUAGACACUUAAGAAGAAUAUCUUAGACAGUUCUAUUAUAUGCCUAAUUGUCAACUAUAACUAAAAUAACUAAUACAAUAUUAUAAAGUAACCAUAUCUAAUAACUUAUAAGUUUAGCAUUGAUCAUCCUAUGUUAUACUUUCUGGAAUUAAAAGCCAUUAUAAUAAAAUACAUUAGUAGUAGAUCUUAGGUUGAAUAUUAGUGGGCAAUUAAUCAAAUAGAAAUUGAGGCUUAAAAGGAAGGCAAAGUGAGUCCAAAUAAAAGUAAAAAGAAAAGCACUCCUUUAAUUAAAUAAGAAUUGUCUUGUUUCUUGUAAGAAUUAAAUGAUACUCAAAAAUCUACAACAAUAUUAUAAUUGCUUAAGAAUGUUGAAGCUGAUAGAACUCUAGAGAAAGAUUGGCAAAAACAAUACACUUAAUCUCUUGUCGAAUAAGAUUUAACUAAAGCUAUGCAAUUUUCUACUUAUCUAUAAUAAAAGGAAUUGUUAAAAUAAAAAGAAUCUUAAAUCAGAGAAAAUACUACUUCUAGAACAGUUUACUUAGGAAAUAUGAAAAAAUAACUAAAUCUAUAAAUAGGUACACCAAGAAAAGCUAGCAAUCUCAUUACUAAUAAUUUUAGCACAGGAUGCAGUACUCAUGCUAACUCGAAUGUUAAUAUCUAGACCUAAAAUAAUUAAAUUAAUACAUAAAAUAAUAGUGGAGCAACUACUAUAACUAAUAAUAGGAUUGUUGCAUCUAAUUUUCAUUUUUUCAACCUUAAUAUUAAUCCUUCAACUUAAACUUCGAAUACUUAGAGUACAAUAAAUCAUAAUUUUGUCACUAAAACAAGUAUUGUAAAUAGUUCUAAUGGAAAUACUUUGAAACCUUAAUCUAUUUAUAAAAUGUAGCCUUUAAGAUUGAUGGAAGUGCCAAAGUUAAAAAUCAAAUUAAAUCAUCAAGAUCCAAAAUCAGAAAGAAAAUAUGAUAGAGUUAGAGAGAAUAGAAUUGAUUGUUUAACUUAAAGAAUCAAAACCUAAUUAGAUGAUACAAAUACUGCCAGAGUUAGUGUAAAUCCAAAAUCUGUAGUAAUCAAAAGAAGAUAAAAUUUUUAGCAUUGA